AUGCCACGUAUUCGAACGAAUAGUUCGACUCCUGAAAGUCGAAGACGCGAACUUCUUCUAUUGAAAUCAUCCUCGAUCGAUGGACGAAUUAAAACUGCGCUGAACGAUGCCAAAAAUGUCGUCCGAAAAAGUGUUCAGUUCGAUACUCGCAAACGUUUGUCGUAUGCAAAACAGUUAUCUCUGUGUGAUAUAUUCGAAGCGAAUGAUCUAAUCGAGUGUACAACAAUUCUACCACCAAUUCAUCGCGCCAGUACAAUACUACUAUUCGAUGAGAAUGAUAGCAAACACCAUGCACGAAUAUCGUCCACUACUUACGAAUUCGUUGAUCAAAACAAGAAAUUAUCAACGGCACCAUCCAUAUAUCAUGUAGAACUAGCAUUGAGUGAUGAUGAUGAUGAUGACGAUGUCCGUGAUGGAACAUAUCGAGCACAUUUUAUAACUUGUUGUAAUAUAGUACCGGAUUAUCAAUUCCUAUAUCAUGGCCGUCGGCGAACAAGUUCGUUACCGAGUUCCACAAUUACAUUUGAUCUUUCCAUCCCGAUUAAACAAGCAACAUCGACCAAUCGUAGUUCAAGUUUAAUGAAUAUAACUUCAUGGCAGAAUAAUCCUCAAAAAGUAGUUCCUCUCCUCAGUUCUCAAUAUUAUUGCCAACCGAUUAGUCAGUUUCGGCCAAAUCAAUUUCUUUUAGCCACCGCUGCAGCUAUCGAUAUAUACAACAUUCAAACAGGAUUCUGCGAAGAACAACUACGUCUUCAAUCAACAGAUGUCAAUUACAUAGCUCUGUGCUACAAUCAAUACAAACAAGAACUUUUUGUUGCAUCAACGACAGAUUUAUAUGUUUAUAAUUUAGUCAAAUGUCAAAUCACUCACAAACUGCGUCUACCUGGUUGCCCAUUCAAUCUAGAUCAUAACUCUCAGAUACGAUAUUUAACAUGCAAUUCAUCAUCUAUCUAUCAUGGCUAUUUUACUUUUAGUUCAACGAAAACAUCGACUGUCCUUUCGCGGUUGUCUCAAUUUGGAUUAAAACUCGUUGCCGAUCUAGAAUUCGAAGAUGCAACCAUGCAUGGAUUACAUGCAUUUGAAAAUCAUAUUGGCGUGAUUGUACGUUACGGACGGUACUCAUUCAAACAACGUGAACACUAUUGUUUGUAUAUUUAUGAUUCCUUACUGAAAAAUAUCUACUAUCAAGUCGAUUUGAAUGAUGUUGGUUGCAUCACAUGCUUAUCAGGCUAUGAACGAACAAUCGAUUGA